GGGGGGGGGGGGGGGGGGGGGGGGGGGGGGGGGGGGGGGGGGGGGGGGACAGGCAGAACAGGGGGCCAGACAAGGACAGGAGGGCAGACAGGAAGGGCAGCCAGACAGGACCAGGGCACCCGGAACCCGAAAGGACCAGAAGACAGACCCGGACCAGGGGGCAGCAAAACCACACCAGAACAGGCCCCGACCAGACAGAACCCGAACAGACAGCCCGGAAAGGACCCAAAAAAGGCCAGGACAGACAGGACGGGACAGGGAAAACCAGACAGGAACGACCGGCAGGCAGGAAACCCCCGACCCCCAGACAGACAGGGGCCAGAAAAGAAGGCAGGACAGGACCAGACAGAAGAAGGACCCCCCAACAGGACCAGGACCAGGAACAGACCAGGACCCAGACCAACAGACCAGGCCAGAAGGGCCCGGAAGGGCCAGGGAAAGGACCAGGGCCAGGAAGACCCAGGAACAAACAGCGAAGACGGACCAGGACCAGCAGAACAGACCGGACAGGACCCCGAACCGCAGACAGACAGGGCCGACAGAACAGGGAAAAGGGCAGACAGGGGCAGGGAAGGGGCCACCCGCCAGGGCAGGGCACCCCCCAGGGCGGACCCCAACAGGGAACAGGCAGGGGCCCGCCAAAAACCCCCCAGGGGAAAGGAAGGGGCCAGGACCCCGGGGCCCCAGGGGAGGGGCCCCCCAGGACCCCCCAGGGGCCCAACCCGACAGGGGCCCCGGGGCCCCCCAGAACAGGGGCAGGGGCCUAAGGGGAAGGCCCAAACAGGGAAAGGGGGGACAGGAAAGGGGCCCCGGCCCCGGGGAAGGGGAACAGGCCCCAGGGGCCCCGGGGCCCCAGGGGCAACCCCCCAGCAGGGCCCGGGCGGGCAGGGGCCCGACCCGGGGCCCGGGGAAGGGCAGGGGGGGCCCCGGGGCCCGGGGCCCCCAACCCCAGGAACCAGGGCCCGGGGCCCGGGCCCAAAGACAGGGGCCCCGGGGCCGAGGAAGGACCGGCCCGGGGCCAGGGGCCCGGGAAACAGGGGCCCGGGGCCCGGGGCCCGGGGCCAGGACCAAGGGCAGACCCGGGAACAACAGGGGCCCCGGGGCCCCAGGACAGGGACCAGGGCCCCCAGGGACAGGGCCCGGGGCCGGGCAGGGCCCGGGCCCAGGGGCAGGGGCCCCCCAGGCCCCCAGGGCGGGCAGGGGAGGACAGGGGAACAGGGGCAGGGGCAGCAGGGCAGGGAAAAAGGGACGGACCCCGGGGCCCGGGACCCGGGCCAAAAGGGGCCAAAAGGGGAACCCCCGGGGCAGGGAAGGCCGGGGCAGGGGCCCGACCCCGGGGGGGCAGGGCCGGGCGGGCACAGGCCCCAGGCAGCCCCGGGCAGGGGCCCGGGGCAGGGAAGGGCAGGAAAGGGCCCCCAACCCGGGGCAACCCCGGGGCAGGGGCCCCGACCCGGGCAGGGCAGAAAACCCCCAACGGACAGGGGCCCACAGGGGAACAGGCCCGGGAAGGGGCCCGGGCCCCCCAGGGCAGGACCCGGGGAAACCCCCCAAAACCCCAGGGCCCGGGCCCCAGGCAGGGGGGAAACCCGGGCCCCAGGCCCCGGGGCCAGGGAAGGGCGGGAAACAAACAAAGGAAAAGGGCCCCGGGGUUUUAAAAAACCCAGGAAACAGGGAAAGGAAGGGAAAACGGGGCCCGGCCCCCCAGGGCCCGGGGAAAGGGAAGGGAACCCCCCAGGGGAAGGGGCCCCGGGCAGGGACCCCCCCAGGCCCCGGGGCACAGGGCCCGGGCCCCCAAAAAGGGGCAGACCCCGGGCCCGGGGCCCAAAGGGAAGGGCAGGACCCGGGAAGGGGAAAAGGGGAAGGGGCAGGGCCCCAGGGGCCAAACCGGGCAGGGCAGGGGGAAAGGACCAACAGGGCCCCAGGGGCCAGACAAGGGAAAAACCCCGGGCAGACAGGAAACCCCAGGGACCCGGCCAGGACCCCGGGGCAGACGAAGAACAGGGGAAGGGGCCCCCCAGGGGCAGGGGCCCCAGGGGAAACCACAGGGGGAAAAAAACCCCCGGGGCCCAACAGGGGGCAGGGGCCGGGAAGGGGCAGGACCAACAGGGCCCCGGGGCAGGCCCGGGCCAGGGGCAGGGGCAGGGGCCCCCAGGACAGGGCGGGGCGGAAAAACCCGGGCCCCAGGGGCCCGGGGGGCCCCAGAACAGGGCAGGGACCCAGGGGAAGGGGAGACAGGGGCAGGGGCCCCGGGGCCCCAGGCCAGGGGAAAAGGGCAGGGGCGGGGCAGGGGCAGACAGGGGCACCCCCAAGGGACAGGAACCCGGGCCCGACCCAAAAGGGGCCCGGGGCCCGACCCGGGGAAGGACCCGGACACCCGGACCCGGCCCGGGGCCCAAAAGGCCGGGGCCCCGGGGCAGGGCAGGACAGGGGCCCCAGGGGGGCCCCAGGACCCCGGGGAAGGGCAGGGAAACAGGGGCAGGGCAGGCAGGGGAAAAACCCCCAGGGCAGGGCAGCCCCCCGGGGCCAAGGGGGAGGGGCCCGGGCCCGGGGCAGGGGCCCAGGACCCCCAGGGGCCCGGGGGGGCCAGGAAACCCCCCAGGGCCCCGGGGGCCCGAAGGACAGGGGCCGAACAGACCAGGGGCCCCGACAGGCCCCAAAAAGGGCCCAACAGGGACCCACCCCGGGGCAGACCCGGGGCAGGGGCCCGGACCCCCAGGGCCAGGACAGGGCCCCGGACCGACAACCCCCCAGGGACCAACCCCCAGCCCCCCCAGGGCAGGGGGAAACGGCCCGGGCAGGGGCAGGCCCGGGCCCCGGGCCCGGGGCCCCCGGGGCAGGAAGGGCAGGGCAGAAGGGCCCCGGGGCAGGGAAGCCCCCAGGGGGCAGGGGCAGGGGCCCAGGGAAACGAGGGGAAGGCCCCGAGGAAAAGGGGCCGGAACCAAACGGGAAACCAGGGCUGGGGCCCGGGCAGGGGCAGCAGGGCAGGGCCCCGGCAGACAAACCCGGGGCAGACCAGGGGAACGGGGCCCCCAGAACCCCAGGGGCAACCAGGGGGCCCCGGGGCAGGGGCCCGGGCCCCGGGCCCGGACCCAACAGGGGGGAAGGGGCCAGGAAGGGCCCCAGGGGAAACAACCCCCGGGAAAACCAGGGGAAGGGAAAAGAAACCCCAGGGCCCCCGGGGGCCCCAACCCAGGGGGGAAAAAAGGACCCGGAAACAGGACGGGGCCCGGGGAGGGGCCCGGGCAGGACCCCGGGGAAACCGGACCCGGCAACAGGACAGGGGCCCCCGGGGGCCCCGGACAGGCCAGAACCAACAGGGGCAGGGGCCCAAAAAAACCCGGGCCCGACAGGGGAAGGGGCCCCGGGGCCAACAGGACAGACCCGGGCAGGGCCCCGGGGCAGGGGCCCAGGGGGGGAAACAGGGGAACCCCGGGCCCGGGGGGCCCCCGGGGCCCCGGGCCCGGGGCAGGGGCCAAAAGGACCCCGGGGCCAGGGCCCCGGGGGCCCGGACAGGGGCCCAACCCGGGCCCGGGCAGGGGCAGGGACCCGACAGGGCAGAACAGGGGAAGGACCACCCGGGGAAGGCCCGGGGAAGGGGCCCCAGGGGGGAAAAGGGAACAGGGACAGGGGCCCCAGGGGCAGGGCCCCCCCAGGGGAAACCGGGGCAGGGGCCCCGGGCGGGGGGCCCGGGGGGGACAGGGCAGGGGAAAAAAAAAAAAAAAAAAAAAAAAAAAAAAAAAAAAAAAAAAAAAAAAAAAAAAAAAAAAAAAAAAAAAAAAAAAAAAAAAAAAAAAAAAAAAAAAAAAAAAAAAAAAAAAAAAAAAAAAAAAAAAAAAAAAAAAAAAAAAAAAAAAAAAAAAAAAAAAAAAAAAAAAAAAAAAAAAAAAAAAAAAAAAAAAAAAAAAAAAAAAAAAAAAAAAAAAAAAAAAAAAAAAAAAAAAAAAAAAAAAAAAACAGGGCACAAGACAGAACUCAGACAACAGACAGCACCCAGACCCACAGGACCCGACAGCAACCCAAGGCAGACCGGACCAGACCCGGGCCAGAACAGACACAGGGCACCAGAAACCAGACCCCCAGACAGGGGCAGGGACAGACCAGACAACCAGCAGCCCCAGGGCAGAAGGCAGACCACCCGACAGGACAGAAACCCGGACAGACACAGACCCGGCCCAGGACCCGGCCAGACCAGGGCCCCAGACAGACAGGGGCAGACCCCACAGACCGACAGAAAAGGGGCCCCGGACCAAACCCGCCGCCCAGACAGGGCCAGACAGGAACAGGACGACAGGGGGCAGGGACCGACCCGGGGAACCCGAAACCCAGACCAGGAAGGCAGGACCCGACGGACAGGGCGGACCAGCAACCAGGAGGGACAGGGACAGGGACAGGGACAGGGACAGGGACAGGGACAGGGACAGGGACAGGGACAGGGACAGGGACAGGGACAGGGACAGGGACAGGGACAGGGACAGGGACAGGGACAGGGACAGGGACAGGGACAGGGACAGGGACAGGGACAGGGACAGGGACAGGGACAGGGACAGGGACAGGGACAGGGACAGGGACAGGGACAGGGACAGGGACAGGGACAGGGACAGGGACAGGGACAGGGACAGGGACAGGGACAGGGACAGAGGGGACAGGGACAGGGACAGGGACAGGGACAGGGACAGGGACAGGGACAGGGACAGGGACAGGGACAGGGACAGGGACAGGGACAGGGACAGGGACAGGGACAGGGACAGGGACAGGGACAGGGACAGGGACAGGGACAGGGACAGGGACAGGGACAGGGACAGGGACAGGGACAGGGACAGGGACAGGGACAGGGACAGGGACAGGGAC